AACUAAUUGUUGCAACCAAACAACCCCUUAAAAUUUUCUCUGUUCAUACAAAAAUAUACCUGAUGAAUAAACAGUAUAUGAUUAGGGCCGCCGUCAUCCGCCACCAACGCCGCCCCGUCGCUACCAGAUUCAACGGCCCUCCGACACCAAUGCCAUCAUGGUUACGGCGGCUGAUUCACUAAGCAAUAACUCAGUCCUGAUACACAAAUUCUCAGUUAAGGAGGACGAACAGUACGAAAAAGUUGAGGUUGAAGAAGAAAAUGGCGAAGGAUCAGCUCCAUUCGAGGAUGUAGAUCAUAAGAAAAAUGGAACCCGCAUUCUGGAGCCUUUGGGUCUUAAAGAUCAUUUAAGAUCAGGAUCUCCUACUCCACAACCUGUAGCAAAUCCUGAUACCCCUAUGAUUGAAGAGGGUAAUGACAGUUGCAGGAUAUCUAAUUCUGAUGAAACAAGAGGAACGAAUUAUUCAAGUUUGGAUGGAAAAAGAACCGUUGUACUUUCUGAUCUCCAAGCUCUUAAAUGUGAUAGUGGGGAAACAACCCAUGAAAACCAGCUGUUUGGUCAAAAAGUAAGAGCUGAAUUCACUGAAGGAUGUCAUCAUCAAGUGCUACAGGAUUCACAACAAACAUCAUCAAGGUUGGAUGCUGAGGAGACUUGGGCCAGAAGUUUGACCCCUCUUGCUGAUUCUAGAGGUGGAAACAAAAGAGCAGCAGAUAUAUGUGAAUUUUAUUCUAGAGGUUCAAAAUAUACCACCGAGAGACCAGCAUCGUAUUGUUUCUCUGAUUUUGCAUCAUCUGAAGUUCAAUGUGGAGGAUAUCAAAGGUUGAACCGUGAAAAUGAUUUGCAUAUGCAUAAAGAUGAGGACUGGUCAAGCAUGCCGUUUAGAUACAUUGGAAGAGAGACUCUUGGAUAUAAAUCAUCCUUGGCUGGUUAUGGCAGCUCUUCACCACCAUUACUCAAAGACGAUUCUCUUAAUAAAGAUAGCUAUUGUAGUGGAAUGCUUCCAAGUAGCUCAGUACUGUCAUCUUACAAAUAUCUGAACGCCGAAGUUUCCUCUUAUGCCUCAGCGUUGGAUGGCACAAGUUAUAAGAGGACCCACCUUAUGCCCGACUAUCAUCAUUUGCCAUUCUUGCAUCGCUCUGUGGAUAGGUGGCCUUCUUAUCUCACUUCUUCCUCUUACCUAGAUCCUGUUGGUGAUCAGAAGCUUUUAGACCGUAGCCAAGACUGUUUAACUAGGGGACACGGAACACUCGUGUGGUUAUAGGACCAAGGUGAAUUUAAUGACUGGGAGACUUCUGCGCCUUUUCGUCCAUCAACCUUUCUUAGUCAUAUUAUUCCCCCUCCAGAAAGUCUUUAUGAUCCGAUU